UACAAUUUCUCUGCACUCAAAUUAAUCCCGGGCAAUGAAAAAUGAACCUCUCCCCCACCCUUGCAUCCACCCUUCGCUUCACGCCCCCAGAGAAGAGUUCCUCUGUCCGGCAACUGGUGAAGGCUUUUUUCCAAAUCACAUGAUCCAGGAUGCAGGGGGAAAAUCCUUCUUGGAACAGAGCUGAGGGCAGAAUCGAAUCAGAUGAGGAGAGAUAAGGUGUGAUGUGGGGCAGACUAUAUAAAGCAUGGAGCCAGGGCUGCAGCAAGCAGGCAGCUGUGGGGCCCUGUCCCCUGCCCCAGCCAUGCAGAUGCCACCCGACUCGGUGGCCAGCGCCUGGAGAAGCACGAGGUCCUGGAGAACCACAAGCCACAGCUACUUCUACCUCAGCACCGUCGCGCUGGUGUGCCUCGUUGUGGCAAUGACGAUCAUACUGGUCCUGGUAGUCCAGAAGAAGGACUCCACUCCCAGAACAACUGAGAAGGUUCCCCUGAAAGGAGGAAACUGCUCGGAAGACCUCUUAUGUACCCUGAAAAGAACUCCCUUCAAGAAGUCAUGGGCCUACCUUAAAGUGUCAAAACAGCUCAACAGUACCAAGCUGUCAUGGAACCAAGAUGGCCACAUUCAUGGAGUCGGAUACCAGGAUGGGAGCCUGGUAGUCCAGGUCCCGGGCUGGUACUUCAUUAUCUGUCAACUGCAAUUCUUCGUGCAAUGUUCCAAUCAUUCUGUGGACCUGACAUUGCAGCUUCUCGUCAAUACCACGGUCAAGAAACAGGCACUGGUAACAGUGUGCAAGUCUGGAAUGCAAACCGAGAACAUCUACCAGAAUCUCUCUCAGUUCUUGCUGAUUUACUUACAGGUCAACUCCACCAUUUCAGUCGUGGUGGAUAACUUCCAGUACGUGGACACAAACACCUUUCCUCUUGAAAACGUUCUGUCCAUCUUCUUAUAUAGUAGUUCAGACUGAAUAGUCGCUCUUGGCCUUCUGGUAGAAAAACGCUGUCUGCCAGACAGCACUUCAUCUGUCCAAAUGUGGGCAACAAGAGAGUGUUAGUGCAACUGAAACUAAGUGUGUGAAUUAGUGUACUCUCCUUCUGUCCUUGGGAAAUACAGAGCCUUGAAAGGUGAAGUCUCUUUCAGAUGGAGAGCAAGGAAGGGAUAUAGUGUGUGGACAGACACUCACAUGGGCUCUAGAAAAAGCCGGGUAGCCCCAGUCUAACCACUAAUUCAUUGUUUGAUCUUGAACCUUUUUCCUCCCCCUGAAACUCAGGGUCUGAAUCUGAAAGGCUAGGAGGUGGAUUUGUUUCUCCCCAGUGUUUCCUUCAUCUCAGAAGAUGAAACUUGUGAGCUGAGGUUCCAAAUAGAGUUCUGGAAGGUCCCAAACAGAGACAAGCCCCACAUGUCAUGAUGAAACUGAUACCACCAGGAAUAUUUGUCUGCUCAUCAUCUCAGCAGAUCCAGGGACUUCCAUGCUGCCAUGUAGAAUGAUACUCUAUGAGCUUGGAAUGCCAAGGUGAUUCUGUGUCUUUUCUAGGGAAGACCUGCUGACAUCUCCUGGGAUGUGCAUAUAGCAUUCCCUGCUUCAAACACCUCUUAGUCCAUUCUUCGUGUGGCUUUUAAGUCCCCGAGAAAGUUGUUGACAAUGAGGAUUGUGAAAAAGGGAGUCCUUCAGGACAGCAAACAGCAAGAGCCUCUCCUGACCUGAAUGGCCACUUAGUUCCCCAGUCUGGUCAGGCUUAAGAUUUCUGCACCCUUGUGGGGGUCAGACUUUGACAAAUCAUUUGAAUUGAUGUGGGAGCCUCUAGGAGGUGGUACACUUUAGCAAAGAAAGCAAGUCCUGCCUGUCCUGUAUGAAAGGAUAGAGAAAUAUGAAUUUCUCUGAAAUAAAAGAGGAGAAAGUUUUUAACAGAAAGCCUAGGAAAGAGUUAAAAUUAUAAGAAGAAAACUCAGCUGUUUGAUGUGUGAGCAGAACACAAGAAAACAAAGCAGAAAGGAAGGCUGCCUACAAUUCUCCUCCUUGCUCCCUUCUGCAGGUAUUGGAAAAGGAAUUGCAUUGUAUAGGUCAAAAAGAAUCAAGUGUUUUGGACACAGUGCUGGAGAAUAAGGGGACCUGCAGUGUCUGUGCUGGACUCAAAUGUGGGGCAAGUGAAUCUUAGCUUAAGUCAACUAAAAAAAAAAAAAAACCUUGUAGAAAAGGCACAUGUAACCUACAUGAGAACUAAACAAAUGUUCUACCCACUCAGAUUCUGAGUCAAGAAAGAUACCAUUUUUGUUUUUCAAAGACUAUCCUCUGGGCAGAGGUACCUGACCUUUACACUAUGGUUUGAUCUGUUUCUAAUUAUAAUCUCUAUAAAGGUUCAGAAAAGAGGGCACUUCAAUUAAAAGAAAAAGUGAAAUGUGGAAAAAUGAAAAUAAAUAAUAGAAAUUAAUUAUUGAUAAGGCAGCCGGAAUGGAAACAGGGAGUGCACAAUCCGGGGAUUAUGAUACUUUUGAGGGGAUUCCUGGCACAUCUGCAGUAAUUAUAUUUUUCAUUGAUGUGACAGAGUACCUGCUAGACACAACUGAAGAGAAAGAUUAUCUUGUCUUACACUUCAGGAGAGGUCACAGUCCCCUCGGCCGGAAGACAUGGCAACAGGAGUGUGGGGAGCUAGUCACGUCGGAUCCACAGUCAGGAAGUAGAGAGAGAUGGACACCAGUACCCAUCGCACGUCCUCCUUUUCUCGAUUUAUUCAGUCAGGGAUUUUUCAUGGUACAGCUGCCCACAUUCAGGAUGGGUCUCCAAUCCCUAGUUGAAUCUCUCUAGAAACAUUCCCACAUAAACAACCAGAUGUGUGUCUCCUAAGAGACUUCAAAUCCUGUCAACUUGACAAUUAUUGUCAUCACACAUAUGUAAGUGGACAUGCUUUUCUUUCUUUCUUUUUCUUCUUUCUAUUUUUGUUUUGUUUUGGCUUGGUUUGGUUUUUUUUUUCUUGUGUUUUGAGACAGGGUAUCUCUGUAGCUUUGGAGCCUAUCCUGAAACUAGCUCUUGUAGACCAGGCUGGCCUCAAAUUCACAGUGAUCUGCCUGCCUCUGCCUCCCGAGUGCUGGGAUCAAAGCCGGUGAGCACAUUUUUCUAACUGGAUACUUAGGCUACCUAAUACAUAUUCUUAUUUAAUUAAAAUUCAGUGAUUUUCCACACUGUACACUCAUAUGCUCCUCUUAUACUCUACCCACAGCAUGUACACACACAUGUGUGUGUGCGCGCACAUACACACACACACACACACACACACACGCCCAGCCUCAUCCCGCCCUCUAGGAAUGGCUCCCAGCCUCCUGACUCCUGCUCUGCUGUUCUCACCCUCCUUUAUUGGGCCCCUGUAGCCUUGGUGAAGUUUCAGGUCAUAUCUUUCCAGCCCUGCAUCCAGGGAAUCCUUCAUCCCCCUUCUCUACCCCAGCCAUCUCCAGCUUCUGUAGAUUGGUCCAUGACCAAGUCACAGAAGAGGGUUGGAGGUGUUAAAGUUAAACCAUAGAUGUUUAUGAUCAAGCCAAUAGCAUUUCUUGAUUGAAACAAUAAAGCUUAUUGUUCGAUUUGUACCUAUUCACAUGUAUAGGUGUACAUGCAAGUGUACAGGUAUGUUCGUAUAUACACAUGUAUGUUUGCAUAUGCUUUUCCAGUCAUGUUUUGUAUAACAUCUGCUUAGCCUGCUUAGGGGGAGGAAGCCUGACUUUUGUUUGAGCAUUGCAAAGCUUGUAUAUGAUUAUAUAUUUAUUUUUAAUUAAGAAGAUAAGUGAAAAUAAUAUUUCUCCCAGGCUUCAUCAGCUUAUUUAAUAAUUAUUAAUAUUUCACCAUAUUUACAUCUGAGUCUUUGAAAAUAAGAAAAAUGCAGCUAGAGCUUCUCCGUACUCUCCCAUCCCCCACGCUCUCUCUAGAAGUCUGUG